CAUGUCUGUAGAGAACAAGAAGAAGAAGGCAGAUGGGUGGACCGAAUCGCGCUGCUCAAAAGAGACGGUUUGGCGUAAGUAAUGAGUGAGUUCACUGAGUUGUCUCUGCCAAGCAUAGGGUAAGGUUUACCAAUAUGAAGGGUUUGUACUGCCGACUCGGACAGACUGAUGCGGACACCAAGUUUGUUAUUCAGGAGAUGUCCCUCCCAGCCAAUGUAGACAGUCACCAGGUCAGGGUUAAGAUGAAGGCAUGUGGACUCAGUCCUCUCGACCUCAAGCUGCUAGUUGACCUAGGUAUCCAGAGGGAUUUGAUUCCGGUUGGUCGAGAGGUAGCAGGGGUCGUCCUGCAAGUUGGCUCCCUUGUGUCGUCCUUCCACCCAGACGAUGAAGUUGUAGGUAUUCUGCCUUUGGACUACCCCUGGUCUGGACUGUGUGAUGUAAUCGAUGUUGAUGAACACCUUCUUGUACACAAGCCAGAAAAGUUGAGCUGGAUAUGCGUUGCAGGAGCAAUACGUGAUGGAGUGUGUGCCUAUACGGCCCUACACACACACGCCCGAAUGGCCGCUGGACACACACUCUUGGUCAUGGACGGAGCCAGCACAUUUGGCCUCCUGUGUAUCCAGCUCGCAAGUUACCAUGGAGUCAAAGUGUUGACAACCUCACACACGCCAGAGCAACACACAUUCCUUGAAAAACUACAGACAAGUUUAGUUCAAGAGCAUCUAGUAGCCAGGGUGAUUCCAGUGUUUGAAGGGUCUUCGGACCUGCUUUCAGAUGUUCUAGAGGAAACCGGGGGAUUAGGCGUGGACAUAGUCAUAGACACUGGAGUACGUCUCCAGGAAGAUGAAGGGUCAAAUGGAAAUCGCCUCCCUCACAAGCAUGAGGUCAUCAGCGUACUGGGAGUUGGGGGUCACUGGGUGACAUCACACCAGGAGCUGCAGCUGGAUCCUCCAGAUUGCCGACUGCUCCACUUGAAGUCGGCCUCUGUGACUUUCCUCAACCAGGAAGUCUGGACCUCUUCGACUGUGCAACAAGGACGAUAUCUCCACAUUCUGAAGGACAUAAUGGAGAAGAUGUCUUCUGGAAUACUCGGACCCGAGCCUGAGGAGGCGGUCCCUCUGCAGGAUGCCACUGUUGUCAUGGAGAUGGUCCAGCGUUGCGAGAAAAAGAGUGCUAUAGUUCAGUUCUGACAUCGCACGCUGGUAUAGGAUGCUAAUCCAAUCAAUUCCUCCGCUAAUCACUUUAAUACCCUACAUUUGACACCAUAGAGACUUUCUGGACUCCAUUGGAUCAAACAAAGGGCAUGUUGGUUUACACAUGUUUUGAUUACGAUAGCAAAUUGCAACUAGUGCAAUUUGACAAUACUGAAGAUCAUAACCCAUGGAAAAAACAUUUGAAUAUCUUAAAUUCCGAAUAACUGUUCCAUACAACUGUUUAAGCUACAAUCAGCUUGUGUGUGUGUGUGUGUGUGUGUGUGUGUGUGUGUGUGUGUGUGUGUGUGUGUGUGUGUGUGUGUGUGUGUGUGUGUGUGUGUGUGUGUGUGUGUGUGUGUGUGUGUGUGUGUGUGUGUGUGUGUGGAUAGAUAUAGGUUUUUGUUUUCUUUUUCCUGAUGAUCCCAACCCCUGAUCACUAAUCUAAUGUAUGGCUGUUAAAUGACUCCUGUCCCCACAUGUGGUUUAAUGUACAUGUGAAAUAAAAGUACUUUGCGUAUCCGUC